CUAAAGUACUGCUACUUCAACCUGCUGCAACUCCACUCACUGCAUGUAAGUUUAACAAAAAGACAGUUCAAGGAGAAAGUAAGUGUCAGGUGACUUUCUAGAAGAGAGAUGGUGGCUGACUUUGCCUGAUGUGUUUUCAUUUGAACUCGCAGAGGAAAUGGCUUCCCAAUCAGAGGAGGAUCUCUCCUGUCCUGUCUGCCGUGACAUCUUUAAAGAUCCUGUUGUUCUGUCAUGUAGCCACAGCUUCUGUAAAGACUGUCUGCAGAGCUGGUGGAGAGAGAAACAAACACAGCAGUGUCCACUUUGUAAGAGAAGAUCAUCUAUGUGUAAACCACCUGUCAGUUUAGCACUGAAGAACCUGUGUGAGUCCUUCUUACUGGAGAGAGAUCAGAGAGUCGAGUAUGAGUCUCUCUGCAGUCUGCACUCUGAGAAACUGAAGCUCUUCUGUCUGGACCAUCAGCAGCCAGUGUGUCUCAUCUGCAGAGAUUCAAAGAUACACAACAACCACAGAUUCAGACCCAUCGAUGAAGCUGCACAGGAUCACAAAGAGGAGCUUCAGGAAUCCCUGAAGCCUUUACAAGAGAAACUGAAGCUGUUUGAACAAGUUAAAGGAAACUGUGAUCAAACAGCAGAACACAUUAAGGUCCAGGUCCAACACACAGAGAGGCAGAUUAAGGAGCAGUUUAAGAAGCUUCACCAGUUUCUACAAGAGGAAGAGGAGGCCAGGAUCAGUGCUCUGAGGGAGGAAGAGGAGCUGAAGAGUCAGAUGAUGAAGGAGAAGAUUGAGGCUCUGAGCAGAGAGAUAGCAGCUCUUUCACACACAAUCAGAGCCACAGAGGAGGAGCUGAGAGCUGAAGACGUCUCAUUCCUGCUCAACUACAAGGCUGCAGUGAAAAGAGUCCAGCAGCGCCCCCUGAUGGAGGAUCCACAGCUGGUCUCAGGAGCUCUGAUAGAUGUGGCCAAACACCUGGGCAACCUGACCUUCAACAUCUGGAACAAGAUGAAGGAGAUGGUCUCCUACACUCCUGUGAUUCUGGAUCCAAACUCUGCUCAUCCUCACUUCAUGAUGUCUGAGGAUCUGACCAGUGUGAGACAUGAAGAGGUGCAAAACCCUCCUGACAAUCCAGAGAGGUUUGAUUCCUUUCACUCUGUCCUGGGCUCUGAGGGUUUCAACUCAGGGACUCACAGCUGGGAUGUUGAUGUUGGAAAAAGCACAUUCUGGUUUCUGGGUGUGGCAGCCGAGUCCGUUGAGAGGAAGGGAAAGAAACAGUCUGGAUUAUGGAGAAUAGGGUUCUGUGAUGGUAAAUACAGAGCACGCUCCCCAACAGAGCCAGAAACUGCGCUUACAGUGGUGACAAAGCUAAAGAGGAUCAGAAUUCAGCUGGACUGGAACAGCGGACUACUGUCUUUCUCUGAUCUGAAUACAGACUCACACAUUCACACCUUCACACACACUUUCACUGACACGUUGUUUCCGUAUAUUAACACUCUAAAUGAAGUGCCACUAAAGAUAUUACCAGUGAAGAUCUCUGUAACAACAGAACAGGACAAUCAGAGAUGAACAACACAAUGCUUUAUAAGUAUUCUAAAAAAGCCCCUUAAAUACUUUGAUUAUGCUGUGCACAUUAUCACACAGGUU